AACCAGUGGAGAGGGAGGGCGUGCGCAUCGCAGACGUCAGCUGCUUAGAAGGAAUUGUUAUCAGACAGCUGAUUGCCAUGGCUGACCUCCCAUGCGUGUGCCCCGCCCCCGUUCUUGGCACGCUGCCUGAGGAACAGUGCCGAGACGUGGCGGACGGGGACGUGGGCGCCGUUCUAAGAUGGCUAGAUUACGGAGGCGACGUCAACGCUGCCAACCGCUGGGGCAACACCCUCCUCUCGCUGGCUUGCUCCAAUGGCCACGCUGAUGUCGUCGAAGCCCUGAUGAAGCGACCCAACCUCCAUCUCAACCUGAGGAACCAAGAGAACGACAGGCCCCUUGGCAUUGCUGCGGCGAACGGGUACUGGGAUAUUGUCGACAUGUUGCUGAGGACUUCGGUCAGGUGCCAUAUCAAUGUACACGAGGAGUCCACAGAAGAGCAAAUGACACCUAUUAUGCAUACCGCUGAAGCAGGUGAAUGGCAACUCGUCCGCGCCUUUUUCGAACGCAAUUACAAGUUAAGAGAAGACGAGGCAGCUUUUGUGAUUGUAAUGGCCGGAGAAUUUCGUGCUUGGACGACGAUUCUGACAAUCCUCAGAAAAGAUUAUCACUUCGUUCCUGAGCGGUUUGUACCCGUGCUGGACGCAGCUUACGAGGAGGACGCUUGGGAUGUCAUCUGCGCCUUCCUUCGUCAGGGAUUCCCCAACAGAUUUGACGACGUUAACUACUGGCUCUCGAGAGCUGUUUUAUCCAAGAAAUGGCGAGGAGUGCAGGAGCUGCUAUGGCUCUUGAAGAAAGACAUCGUGCUGGACACCAACCUCAUAGAGGCCGCCGUUUCAGACCAGAUGGAGACCAUGAAGAAGCUUCUCGAACAGAUCAACCACGACAAAGACACUGUGGAUGGGACUCUGUUGGUAGUCUCUGUUGCAGGGUGCACGGAGGCCGUCGCAACGUAUCUCUUGCAACAAUAUGCCGAAGAGGAACAAGACGGUAUUCUGCGAAACAGCCUGUACCUCGCAGCCAUGAACAACCACUUGGCGCUGUUGCCAAUUCUACUUCGAAAUCACAUCAAGUGCUUCAGUUACGAGAGCCUCAGCAAAGCCCAGGAAGUGGCGGAGAAGUGUGAGUGUACGAAUGCGGACAGACUCCUUCAAAAAGCUCUCGAAAUGAAGUCCAAAGAAGUUUUUGUUUUAUAGAGGCCCAUGUUUUCAGCUUUCGUUAAGUGUUGUAGCUCCGUGGAAAGUUUUAUUCAAUACUGUUUAAAAUAUCCUUC